AUGGAGGUCGAUCCGGCAGAGCUGCCGAUAACACCUUGGGUGAGAAGUGUCAUCUCAGGGUGUGAUGUGAUGCGCAACCCCAAGUACAACAAAGGUCUGGCCUUCAGUGAGGAAGAAAGGGGGAGGCUGUACCUUAGGGGUCUGCUGCCGCCGGCCGUGCUUUCGCAGGAAGUCCAAGCAGAGCGGUGCAUGAUCAACAUUCGCAGCAAGUCCUCUGACUUGGAGCGCCAUAGCUACCUGACCUCUUUACAGGAACGCAAUGAGAGUCUUUUCUACUAUGUGCUGUCCAACAAUAUUGAGGAGCUCCUGCCCAUAGUGCAUAUGCCCACAGUAAGCGAGUACUGCCAGACAUACGGCCUCAUGUUCAAGAGCCUGCCGCGCUCCCUCUUCAUCUGCAUGAAGGACAAAGGCAGGGUGUACUCGCUUUUGAAGAACUGGCCGGAGAGAAGGAUCAAGGCCAUAUGCCUGACAGAUGGUGAGCGGGUGGGGGCCUUGGGGGACCUGGGGGUUCAGGCAGUGGGCGUUCCCGUCUCAAAGCUGGCCCUCUACAGCGCAUGCGCCGGCAUCCCCCCCAACAUGUGCCUCCCCGUCUGCAUAGACGCCGGCACAGACAAUGAGGAGCUGCUGCAGAGCCAAUUCUAUGUGGGAUCAAAGCACAAGCGGGUGCGAGGGGAUGUGUACUACGAGCUCCUGGAUGAAUUCAUCAGCGCCGCAAAAAGGAGGUUUGGGAAUACGGUCCUGGUGCACUUUGAGGACAUGAGCUACGCCAACCUGUCGCGGCUGUUCAACCAGUACCGGGGCAGCCUGGCCUGCUUCUCAGACGAUGUGCAGGGGACGGCAGCUGUGGUGCUGGCGGGGAUUUUGGCGGCACAGCCGCUGACGGGGAAGUCUUUGGCAGACCACACCAUCAUGAUCGCGGGGGAUGGCGCGGCCGGCACCGCCCUGGCCGAGCUUCUGGCAGAAGCCAUCGCCCGCCAGAACAGGCGGGGCGGCGGCACGAUCGUUGACGCGCGGCGGCAGUUCUGGUUGGUGGACCGGCACGGCCUGGUGACGCGCGGCCGCGCGGACGCGGACUCGUUACCGGAUCAUGCGCUGCCGUACUGCCACGAGGGUCCCCCUUGCGCUGACCUGGCGGCCGCCGUGGCAGCGCUGCGGCCCAGCGUGCUCAUCGGCGUCUCCGACGGCGCCCCCUCCGUUGAGUUCACCCGCGGAAUUUGCGAGGAGCUCGCGCGCAUCAACAGCCGCCCCAUCAUCAUGCCCCUCUCGCUGCCAGAGCCGGAGCUGAGGGCUGAGGAUGCAUACGAGUGGACUGGAGGCAAAGCGGUCUUUGCCGACAGGGUGCGCCGGACAAGCGCCUCCGCGCAGGUGUCCACUUCUGGCGGCCAAUCCUUCACUCCAGGGUGCGUGGAGACCGCAUACAUAUUCCCAGGCAUUGGACUGGGCAGCAUAGUGUCGCGUGCGACGCGCCUGCGCGACGAAGCCUUCAUCGCCGCAGCGGAAGCGCUCGCCAGCCUCGUCACUGACGAGGAUCGCGCGAGGGGGAGCAUCUACCCGCCGCUGCGAGACAUCCGGACCAUAUCCGCAAAGGUGGCCUGCGCCGUCGCCAAGAAGGCCUACGAGUCCGGCGUGGCAACAGCGCUGCCGCGGCCGCACGAUGUUAAGGCGGCAGUAAGGGCCUCCAUGUACAGAUCUACGUACCGCAAGUACCGAUAG